AUGGAUGAUGAUUGUAAAGAAUACAGAAAGAACAAACCUCAACAAAAAUUUUACAAACCUGGCAGUGGUCCUUUGAGACGUUCAAGUUAUGGUUUGGAUGAUAAAAUAGACCACUACGGUUCUCAGAAUUCGGUUAAUGGUGAGUCUUUGUGUGAUACACAUAACAAGGAACAAUUUAAUAAUCGUCUCAAAAAGCCUGAAAAACAAUUAUAUGUUCCUAGAUCAGGAGAUUCUUGUUCUGAUGUAGAAAGACAAAGUAAAACAUUUAUAAGGUCUGAUAACUCUAGUCAGUUCAACAAUAAGAAAAUGUCAAGUCAAAAAUCAGGUGUCAAUAGUGGUACAGGGUCCUAUUCCAGAGGUGCCUCUAGAAAAGAUAGAUCAUAUGGUGAACAACAGUAUAAGAACACAACUAAUAAUGAUAUUAAUUAUAAUAAUAGACAAUAUAGACAGGCAUCAGAGACAAGAUCUAUUUCUCCAACGCAUUGUGUCCAAGACAAGAGGCCUACAGAGCGAAGUAGAGACAGUAGAAGUAUGGAAACAUCUGCUGGACGACAUAUAUCUGCAACUGGCGGAAAACCACCUUCAGGACGUAGGAACUCCGCUGGCUACAGCUCAGAUUCAUCCCGACCAAAAUUCAUGGUUAAUCUGGAUAACAUGCCACCACGAUUUAGAAAGAAGUAUUUAGUACAAUCUGGUCAUCAUAGUUUUGAUAGUGUUGAUCAAAUACAUAAUGAAAGGCAAACAAAUAAUUCAAUUCAACCUAGUUAUAAUCAAAGUUAUAAUUCUAGUUUGAAUUGGUCUCAAACUUUGCCAUCAAGAGGUCGUGGGCGAUUACGUGAUAAUGAGGGGUUUGAUAGGGAGAAGUUUUUAAAUAAUUAUUUAAAAAAUCAUGAUCAAAAUUCAAGGAGAUCAACACCCAGUAGUUCAUAUAUGAAUUUGUAUGAACCCAAUAUAUCAGACAGUAAAAAUGAGAUAACAGACUCAAUGUCCAGUAGUGCUGAGAGUCAUAACAACUUUUACAAUAAAUCAUCAAAAAAUGGAAUAUCCCAUGAUGUUCCAUUUAAUCACACAGAGUCUCAAAAUCCAGAUGAUUGUCAACACGAGAAUGAAACAAUAUCUCAAAUUACAUCAAGCCUUUUAGAUAUGACAAACUUGGAUUGGACUGAAGAAGUUGAGAAAAAUAUAAAACUGGAUGAUGUUUCUGAUACUUCUACUAGUUUUGCACAAGCUAUGAAACCUAUAGUAUCUCAGGAAAAUAAACCAGUUGAACAUAGAGAAUCAAAGAAGAAUGGACGAUCUAGACGCAGGGAUAGAAGAAGUUCUAGUAGAGGCCAUAAAAAUUCCGAUAAGAAAACUGAACGCAAUAGGAAAGAUAGUAAUGCAAGCCUUCAAUAUGAACCAGAACGGAAUAGAAAAGACAGUAAUGUUAGUAUACAACAUGAAACUAUAUUCACCAAUCUGAAACACAGAGAUAGAGAGAGAAGAGAUAGCCACAGAAGUAACCGUUCAUCUACCAUAGGGAAUAGCAGAGAUGACCUAGACCGUUGGCGCUCUUUGAGGUCUUAUAGCAGGGAAGCUAGUGCAGAAGGGAGGAUUGUAUCACAGUGUAAUAGUAGAGAUACAUCAACUAAUCGUGCAUUGAGUCCAAGGGAUGGUGAUGGUUUUCGUGUACCCACUGCUAUUACAAAAUCAAAUAAUCAGAAACGUAGCAAUGGCUCAUGGGGUGCCGGUCAUGCGGCAAGUGUAGAAUCAGGUCGACAUUCGCCUGUGCCUUGUGGUAAUAGUGGCGGUGGAGGAGGGGAUGUAGGUGAGAGUGGGGUUGUGGAAACUACAGGAGUUGAAGGUGGCGGAAGGCGUUCAAGAAAACGGGCCGGCCGUCGCCAUGGUAGAAACAAUGACUCUGCAGCAUCAGCGCAUAAUUCUGCCGCUCUUCAUUCAUCAUCGCAUCAGCAUCAUUCGUCUUCGCAUCAUCCUCCCGCACAUCACAUGUCCGCCUCCACGCCUGGUACUUUAAAUUGGCGUGAGGAGAUCCUCGAAUCCAAAAAGCACAACUCUCAUGAUUUAUCUUCGGAAACUAAUCAUCGUGUAAGAAAGAACAGCGCUAUGUCCGACAAGUCGGUGUCAGAAUCGUCAGCAAACCAACCUGGAUUACUUAUAUUACCACAAAGCUCAAUAUCACACAUGCAAAAAGAUCCAGGACGAGGAGGUUCCAUUGAGACACAAAAAACUUUGUAUGACCACCAUAAUCCAUCGAAACCUAUUAUCAUUCAAACUAGUCCAAGCAAAGUUGACAUACGAAUGGAGAGAGGUAUCAAAGAAACGUCGUCUCGUAUCAUAUCUGGUUACGAAACUGGGGACGCAGCGCGCGCGGCUCGACAUCGCUCGCUUUUACAAGAAGUGGACCGCGCCGAUGCUAUACUACAAACUCAUAUACUACGCGGUCCGCUGGCACUUGCCGCGCAUUGGGAAGACGUCACAGAGACCAGAACUUUUCUACAAAAUGCCCUCCAACGUCUGUUGAUGGCUGAUCUUAAAUAUUGCCAAGCUGAUAACAUUGAACAUCAUUUUUGGAAAAUUUUAUAUUAUAAUUUUAUAGAGAUGUUAAGAAAAAGUUUUUCGCAAAUUUCCCCUGAUGAUAAAACUAAAGUAGUGAAAUUAAUUAACACCAUCAUAGAAGAAGGCAAUAUUUUCUUCGAAAGUCUCGUACAGCUGUUAGAAAAAUGUUAUAAAUUUAAUACUGAUGAUUAUAUUAACGACCAUCAUGUAAUACCACCCAAAGGACUCGGCUAUGUGGGCUUAGCACUGAUCUCAGUUCAGAAGUUAUAUAUAUUUCUCGGAGAUUUAGCAAGAUACAAGGAACAGGUAAAUGAGACGAACAAUUUCGCCAAGAGCAAGUUUUGGUAUACAAAAGCUCAACAAAUCAAUCCUAAAAAUGGAAGGCCUUACAAUCAACUAGCAAUUCUAGCGAUAUAUGCUAGAAGGAAACUGGAUGCAGUGUAUUAUUAUAUGAGAAGUUUAAUGUCAUCGAAUCCAUUUCAUUCAGCACGUGAAAGUCUGUUGUCUCUCUUUGAUGAAAACAGCAAAAAGUACGAAGCGGCAGAACGUAAACGGCGAGCUGCAAUGGAAGGGGCACGGAAUGGUGAUUCCGGUGAGACGGUACAGUGCGGGCGCGGCGGGCACGGAUUCCGACGAGAGGUGUGGGUACGGCCAAGUGGUAGGCGGACUACUACAUUGCAACAUGACACCGGCGACGAACGACUCGCUUCCAUGACCUCCGUAGAGUUAAACAAAACCUUUAUAACUAGUUAUCUGCACGUCCAUGGAAAACUAAUAACGAAGAUCGGCAUGGAAAGUUUCCACGAGUGCGCUUCUUCGAUGCUGCGACAAUUUCGCGCCCUCUUACAUCGUCAGCCAUUACCUACACCGGCUGCACGCUUGCUGCAACUCACCGCUCUCAAUAUGUUCGCCGUGGAAACGACCGCGGCUUCUCUAAAAGGGGAUAGUAGCGGCGAGCGUUCAGCGUGGUUAGAUUGUGCGCUCGGUGUUUCUUUGCUGAUGUUUGGAGCCCUAGUAGAGCGUUGCUGCGCUCUGCUACCGGAACCUGCGCUUACGCAACAACACACAGAUGCACUGCUCCUCUUACCUGCAAUUAAGGUGUGGUCCGACUGGAUGUUAUGUCACAGUAGUAUAUGGAAUCCACCACCUUCAUUCGACAAUUUUGAAAUAGAAUCCGAUAGCGAUCCAUGGGAUUGGCUUGCGAAACUCAUGAAUAUUAUAGAAGCUCUGGAUGACAAGAAGAUUGAAUUAGAAAAUGAACCAAAAGAAGGAUACGUUGUCGUACGUUUGACGGAAGAUGCGACGCUUGGCGGGUUUACACCGCUCAUGUAUAUGGAGGCGGCGGUUUCGUGGGUCCGUAGUGAACCGCCCAUGCCGCACCACGCUGCGGAACACGCUCUCCGCACCAGAAAACUGCUAUUUUUCGGCACCGAGUACCUGGUGGGUGUGGAGCCGCCGGUUCUGCGACUGGAGUACCCGGCGGGGGCGCCGCCACGAUACGUGAGCGCCGUACAACGCGCUCAACCGCUGCAUCAACCGCUACAACACUUGUCUGAAGACUCAGAGGAUGAAGAUAAUGCCAGUGGAACUGCUAGUGGUCCGACCAGUCUGUGCGAGAGUCUGGAGUCAGGUCCAGAAGGUACGGAUGAAGCAACUAGAAAGCUACUGAGGCGAAAAGAACAACUUGAGUCGAGGAAGGCUACUUUGGAGCGGCGUCGGCAACGUAUGCAGGAGAUAUUACGCGGCGGGUGGGUUAGCGUCGAGGUGGAGGUGAGGCCGAGGUGGCUCGUUCCAGACACCAAUUGCUUCAUCGAUCAUCUCGCGCUACUGCAGGCCGUCGCGUCUGCGCCCGCGCAGCCUUACACGCUCGCGGUGCCUCUUGUCGUGAUGACAGAGCUGGAGGGUCUCAAGAAGUGUUCCCGACUGGGCGUCAGCGCUGCCGCGGCAUUGUCGUGGGUGUUGAGCGGCGCUAGCGGCAGUGUUCGUCUCGCGACUGCUCGCGGCUCGCUGCUAGCGUCGCGCGCGUUCACCGCCGAACGUGAUAUGCCGCGCGCCUCCAAUGAUGAUCGCGUGCUCGCCACUGCACUGAGCUUGCACGAAAAUCUGGCCUCCGAACCCGAGGCGCGUGCGGAGAAUACCGAUCCAUCGAAUUGCGUACGACGCCGUCGUGAAGUGGUACUUCUCACGGAUGAUAGAAACUUGAGGGUGAAGGCUCUAGCGGCGGAGAUGCCCGCUCGCGAUCUAUCCUCCUUCGUUCAUUGGGCUGGCAUCACUCUCGAAACAGAUACGAAUGCGACACAGCCGUCGGCAACAGAUGACAAAAGCUGUCAUAAUUGA